GAUGUCGUCGGGCCGGAGGAAUCAGCUCAAGACCUUGCUGCUGCAGAUCGGUGAGGCGAUGCUGGAGGAGGAGGUGCGGGAGGCUGAGCAGCAGAAGAUCAAGCACAUGGAGGAGAACUGCCCCGGUUUCUUCCUCCCAGGAUGCAUGCAUGAGCUCCAGGAUUUUUGCCGGAAACUUCACAAGCAGAUAGAUUUGGUGGACGAGGAGCGAUACGACAUGGAGGUCAAAGUGACAAAGACCAACAAGGAGGUACGUCGUUUUCAGAGUUUCACUUCCUGCCACAGAUCUUUUGGUACGGUAAUGAUAAUUAUUAUUUUUUGUAUUACAAGCUUUCUGAAAUGUUUCGUUUGACUGUGCAAAUGUGAGAAACUAUCUUAUUUAAUAUGGAUACAUUUUCAUAUAUUUCUAGAACAUAAAUCUAAAUAAAUCAGGUUCAAAAAUCUUGUUUCAUGUUGUCGAAAUAUUAGAGUCUCUUAUCUCUAAUAUCUCUUUUCAUAUCUCUUUGUAUCACUCCAUAAAUCAGAAAAUACUGCCUCCCAUGUUUUUAUUAAUGUAACUGUA